ACGACAAAAGCUUUGUUUACCGACUGGUUAAGUAGGGAGCUCAAAGGAAAGGGAGCUUCAAUGUAAAUAGUUCUUCAGAACAGUUAAAUUCCAUAUUUCUCUUUAUAUUAAUUUAAUUUUAGACUUGUAAAGGAAGAUCUAUUAUCUGUGCAUAUAAUAUUAUUUUUUUGCAAUCAUCACGAUUAUUAAGACGAUCUUCGUAACAAAAACUUAACCUCAGCUUGAUAACAUCAUUUCUAAAUAAAUCAAGGAUUCAUAUAUGGAUAAUGGGGCAUCGAUGUAAUUGUGGUAAUACACAUGAUACAACAGAAUUAGGAAUUGGUUAUAAUUUAUAUGAAAAGAUAGAUAAAGAUAGAAUAGAAUGCCUAAAUGAGCAUGAGGAAGGCAGUGGUUCCAAAGUCUUCAAAACAUGGGAAGAAAGAUUAAAUAGAUCAGAUUAUGUCAAAAGUGAUAUCGAUGCUGAACUUCUGUUUAACAUACCUUUUACGGGUGAUGUAAAAUUAAAAGGCCUUAUUGUAAUUGGAAACGAAGAAUGUUCACCUACAUCAGUUAAACUAUAUAAAAAUCGGCCACACAUGCUAUUUGAUCAAGUAGAUAUUAGUCCAGAUCAGGAACAUGAGUUGAUUAUAGAUUCACAUGGGGUCCAUGAAUAUCCUCUAAGACCAGUCAAGUUUUCAUCGGUACAGCAUUUAAGCCUUUAUUUCACUGGUAACACGGAACAAAUUGAAAUUUAUUACAUCGGCCUCAAAGGAGAAUGGGCGCCAUCUCACAAACAUGGUGUGACUAUUUGUACAUACGAAGCACGUCCGCUCAUUAGUGAUCAUUCAACAGAUUUCAAUGAGAUAAGCAGAGUGAUUAAAUAAUAUUUGAAUUAAAAUCUGAAAUUUUUAUUUUGAAAAGAAAACGAGAGAGAAUGUUUUUGUAAUGUAUAUAUUCUAUUAUAUUAUUUAUAUAAUAAUAUAUUCUAUUAUGGAAAUUUACAUGAGAUACAUAACUAGAGGACAUUUCUUAAUAAAAAAAAUUUUGUAAUAAGAAA